GAAGCAUUUUCAAGCCCACUGUCUGCUCUCAGCUGUCAACACUCUGAUACACAUCAUCUGUGAGCACAAGGCAGAGCUGCACAGAGGAAAAAAUAGACUCAUGUAUCCCUUUAGAGAACAUGCAGCGUCGUUUCAGUGUUCGCAUUGAGCACAGCGCUGGGUUAACCACAGGCAGAGCUGAGGUGAGGGGAGGGUAAAGAAGGUGAAUUUUCACACGAAAACUGAAACUGCAUUCAAUGGCAGCAUGUGCAGGAGGCAGAAGGAGGCAAACACAGCAGCCGUACGACAGAUAUCUGGUAUUUUAAAUGGAGAAAACUCAGCAUAUUACAUCAACAACCUUCUUAAGGUGUGUUUCUGAGGAGUGCGUGAGCUUCCUAUUUAGGGCCUGAUGGUAUUUGGGCUCUUAAGCAAGACUUGAAAGGAAGAGUUCAAGAGACAGAGGACUACACUAUGAGCAGAGGCUGCUGAUGGUGUAGAGUGGUGAAGACACAUGAACUGAGGCAGCCCAACACAUGGCGGUUCACAGUCCGGUCAAUGGGACCACAGCGAUCCCGUGGAGGGGCAUCAAGAGGAGGCUGUCGCUGCUGGAGCAGCUGAAGGGCUGUCAGGAGGCCUGGUGCCCCGGGGAGCCCUGGGACAGAGAGGGGGCCCACGCUGCGCUCUGUGGGACACCUGCCGGGAGCUUCCUGGUUGUGAGGGACUCUGCGACGUCUCAGCCCGGCCUGCUGUGUGUGUCUGCUGGAGCACAGAAUGAGGACGUUCUUGAUUUUAAUAUCAAAUGCACAGGCACAGUCUUCCAGCUCUCUGACUCUCGACUCUCUUUCUCUGACUUGGCUCAGCUGGUGCUCUUCUACUCUCUGACCAGGGAUGUGUUGGCCGUCUGUCUGUCCAUCCCCCGCUGGAUCUACAGUGUAACUGAGAUGAACAAAGACCGUCUCUCAGAGCUUGAGCCCAAAACUUGGCUUCUCACACCGCCUGAGCAACAGACUGAUGAAAUGACCCAAACGGAGCCGAGCAGCGUGAUGUGCUCAAUACAGCUGACGUCCUCCAACGGCGCCUUGUGCAUCAUCAACCCCCUCUACCUUCGUGAACACGGAGACGAGUGGCUGACCAGCAGGACGACCGCCAUGCAGCCCUCGAAAUACAAACAAGGUCGCCGCCUCAGCACCACCCGGACGUGGGCGGGGGCGGGGUUACAGAAUAAACGAGCCAUGUCAUUGGAGCAGGAGCCCUUUGCUGCCAGCACAGAGAGCACAGAGAGCUCAGGUCUCGUCAGAGCCAGGUCAGCCGAUUUACCGUCAACCCCACAGAUAGCAGCAGGGGUUGUCCUCAGGAGGCCCAGCCGAGACACUCCCAGCAGCCCCCCGUACAGAGCGAGCACCGGGAGCCUUCCUCUAUCCGCUCCCUCCACCCCCGGCAGCCUGACGCCCGAGACGCAGCGCCACAGCAGCCCCCUGCCUCAGUCCCCUCACAGGGUGUCCUGGAUCGAAGACGGAGUCUGGCUGCCUCUACCCAGGCCCUCCUCCUCGCUCCAUCCCCCGUCCAUGGAGCUCGACUCGCUGUCAAUCAGCAGCAUCGAGGAAGAGCAGGAGUCCCCGUUGCUGAGCCCCGCACCACACCACGCCUCGGCACACCGCCUGGCUGACAAGGUCAUACAUCGGUUCUCGGCGGUGGGCCAGGCGCUGGGCGGGCUGGUGUGCCCGAAGAAGAGACUGAUCAAUCGUGUGCAGGAGCUGAGCGAGAAGAAAGGGUCGGCGUUCGCUGAGGCUGUGAAGGGCUUUGUGGAGACGACACUGAGGAGAGGGAUUGAACCUGGAGGGGCCACGGGGUCAGAACUCCUUCAGGACGUGAGGGCGUCGCUCACGUCACUGAGGGACACGCUGCUGGACUACCCAGAAAUCCAGGCGUUACUGGACAGCAUUACUGACUUAUCUGACGCUGAGAUUGACUGCCUGGUGGAGCGUUCCAUCCACAAAGUGGCUCUGAAGCCCGUCUCCGCUCACCUCUACACCUGCAUUCACACAUCCCAGACCAAUGCCGGCACCUUCGAGCGUCUUCAGAACAACCUGAAAGUUUUGGAAAAGAACAAAGUGGAGGACCUCGGGGGGUCGGCGGGAGUCGGAGUUCCCGACUCCGUCACCGUGGAGAGGAUCCAGCAGUGGUGGACUAGCAUGCAUGAGGAGUUCUCUCCAAACAAGAAGGUCAAGAUCCUGCUCAAAGUCUGCAAGAGAAUCUAUAACAGCAUGAGCGCCAAUUCCAGCUCAGGUACAGUGUUUGGAGCAGAUGAUUUCCUGCCCUGCCUGACGUGGAUGCUGCUCCGUAGUGAUUUGGUCACCUUACAGAUCGACACUGACUACAUGAUGGAGCUGCUGGACCCCACACAGCUGCAGGGAGAGGGUGGCUACUACCUUACAACCCUGUACGCCUCCCUCUACUACAUCAGCAGCUUCCGGCCGCGACUGGCUGCCCGUCAGCUCAGCGUGGAAGCCCAACACUCCCUCAACCAAUGGCACCGCAGGCGCACCCUGCACUGCGACCAGUCACGUCGCAGCAAGAACCGACGGACCAUUCGCAGGCAGGCGUGUCGGGAUAAAGGUGCGCAGAGCUCUGAGACAGAAGCCGGUGGUAAACAGGAAGGUGGGAAAGAAAGUGAUUCUGUUAACGCUGAUGAGUCACGGCAGCAGACUGAAGCUCUGCAGACGCUGAGGGAGGAGACGGUGACAGACAAAGGAGCCGGCGACCAAUCACAGACUCCAGCAUCACACGGUCAACCUGAGACACAGGAAGAAGAAGUGACAAGCAAACAGGAAGACAGACAGAGUUUUAGUAUAGCAGAAGAAGAGGACCACAGAGGAUUGUAAUGGAGAGAGGACCUGGAGAAGGUCAAAAUGAUCUCACUGGGUCGAACCUGCUUGAAUUCAUCUUCUGAAGAGGCAAAGGAAGCUUGUAAUUUAUGUCAUUAACACACCGGCGUCUGUUGUGAUGAACUAUGUGCCUUUUUGAACCCUUGCCAACCUGAGGGACUUCUCUAAGGGUCAACCGAGAGGUCACAAGAUGAUGACAGAAAAACAGUUUUUUGUGACUUUUCUCAACUUUCAGCUCUUUUUUCUCUAAAGUGCUGCACAUUUUUCAGAUCCAGGGAGAACAUGUCAUUCUUUAAACUGAACGGAGCACUCUGAGGCCGUCAUCUGUACCAAGGUUCAGAAGAGCUGCUCCGGUUGAUGGGUCACGAGGCUGUGAAAGUGCUGCCUUCAAUGACAGCACAUUUGUUAUCAUAUUGUAAAGAACAGAUGUGUUUACAGAAAAACGUAUUGAAAUGAUGCUUUUUUUUCAUUUACAUCUCGUAAUUGAUCACAUUGAUCAAUUAGUAACACGUUGGCUAUCAGUCCACCUCUCCUCAGUGAACAUGCUUCCAUCUUGUAUUUGGUAGAGGAGCUUUGCUUCGUGGCACUGAGGUCUCAAACUGGUUCCCUUGAACAGGACCUUAUUACAUUUCGUGAGGAUGAGUUGGAACUCUUUCAUGAUUAAUUUAAACCGACAUCAUUUUUCAGCUGUAUUAGUAAAAUGUGUUAAUAUGAACAAAGUAAUAAAGUAAAAUCAGCUUUUG